AGAAAACACCACAAUAUUUUCAACAAUAACAACAACAUAUUCCCACCUAGUGCACCACACCACAAUAUUUCAAAUUUUCCAAUCACCGUGUUUUCUCUUAAUCUAUCUGAAAAUGCUUGCAUUCAAGCCUGAAGAACAGUUACAGCUCGUUGAAAGAGAAGAGAUUGAUGAUGAAGAAGACUUGUUUGAAGCUAUUGAUAAACUGAUCUCUCAUGGAAUCAACGCCGGGGAUGUGAAGAAGCUGCAAGAUGCAGGUAUCUAUACCUGCAAUGGAUUGAUGAUGCACACGAAGAAGAACUUGACUGGGAUCAAGGGGCUGUCUGAGGCAAAAGUUGAAAAGAUCUGUGAAGCAGCUGAGAAGAUAGUGAAUUUCGGCUAUAUUACUGGCAGUGAUGCGUUGCUCAAAAGAAAAGCAGUAGUUAAAAUCACAACUGGAAGUCAGGCACUGGAUGAACUCUUAGGAGGAGGAAUAGAAACUUCAGCAAUAACUGAAGCUUUUGGGGAAUUCAGAUCUGGAAAGACACAACUUGCUCAUACUCUCUGUGUGUCUACUCAGCUUCCUACUAGUAUGAAAGGAGGGAAUGGAAAGGUGGCUUACAUUGACACUGAGGGGACAUUUCGGCCAGAUCGUGUUGUGCCCAUUGCUGAAAGAUUUGGAAUGGAUGCAGGAGCAGUUCUUGACAAUAUCAUUUAUGCUCGUGCAUACACAUACGAACAUCAAUACAACCUGCUUCUUGGUCUUGCAGCUAAAAUGGCUGAAGAGCCUUUCAGACUUCUGAUUGUUGAUUCUGUGAUUGCUUUAUUUCGAGUUGAUUUCACUGGUAGAGGAGAGCUUGCAGACCGUCAGCAAAAGUUGGCUCAGAUGCUGUCCCGAUUGAUAAAGAUAGCUGAGGAGUUUAAUGUUGCUGUUUACAUGACCAAUCAAGUUAUAGCUGAUCCAGGUGGUGGUGUGUUCAUAUCAGAUCCCAAGAAGCCAGCAGGAGGUCAUGUCCUUGCUCACGCAGCAACUAUAAGACUAAUGUUCAGGAAGGGCAAAGGAGAACAGCGAGUCUGCAAGGUGUUCGAUGCACCAAACCUUCCAGAGUCUGAAGCCAUUUUCCAGAUAACAGCAGGAGGAAUUGCUGAUGCUAAAGACUGAAAAUCAGCUAGGACUUGCAAACAGAAAGCUGCUUAUGUUAUCUUUUCUGCUUUCAUGCGUUGAUGCUUACUUCUUAACGUCAGUUAUAAAUAUAUCACUUUAUAAAUGAUUUUGUAAGAAUGUUUUCUUAGGACUAAUCUUGGUUGGGUGAGGUGUUAUCACUAAUAUAGCUUCUUGCUCUUACAAGAUGAUGGCAAUUUUAAGUCUUCUCUUGUAUUAUCACAGACGCAUCACAAAUGUUGACAUGCAAUAGCAAUAGCAGACGUUUGUUUAUAUUCGCAGUCUCAUUAGCAUGCAAUUUUACUCCCAUUACUUUAUCCACCAAUCUACCUAUGUUCACAAAUCUCAGUUUUCUGAUUUCGUAAGGUUUGAAAUCUAACCAACCUUUUUGACAAAGGA